AUGCGAGCUUACUUCUAUGAUGGCCUUCCCGGCGACCAACGCCUCCCUCAUAACUCGGGCAUGCCCGUCAGUGUUGACGAUCUCAUGAACAUCGGUGUCUACUACUACCACCUCCCUGAACUUGAGUCGGUCGACAACCUUGCCCGCGAGCGUGGCUACAAGAACCGCGACGAGAUCACUGUUUCUCCCCAAGCCAUGGGUGACGUCUACGAAACCAAGGUCAAGUCCUUCUUUGCCGAGCACUUGCACGAGGACGAGGAGAUCCGUUAUAUUCGUGGUGGCCGUGGAUACUUUGACGUCCGAAGCAAGGAUGACGACUGGGUGCGCGUUUUGCUGGAGAAGGAUGACCUGCUUAUUCUACCUCCUGGCAUUUACCACCGCUUCACCACUGAUGAGAGCAACUAUGUCCAUGCCAUGAGACUGUUCAAGGAGGACCCCAAGUGGACGCCUCUGAACCGAGGCCCUGAUGUCGACAAGAACGAGCACCGACAGGAAUACGUGAAGCAGUUCCUGGGAGAGCCCAACCAAUACCAAGACUCAACGCAAACGAUGGAUACACGAACAGAAGUCUCGGAUGCUACUGAGGCAUCAUCGAGGCCGCGAAUAGCGCAGCUUCCUGCGAGCUGUGAUCCUCCACAGCCCAACACCCCAGUGAAGCAGUUAGUCUGGGUGAUCUUUGGAGGUACGGGUCAGAUGGGGCACUCCCUUGUCAAAUGUGCACUUUCACAUGGAGAUUUGGUAACGUCGGUUGGUCGCGUGUUUGAGACAAGUCUAAAAGACAUGGAGAAUAUCCAUGAGAACUGUCUCGGCGCGUUGUGCGACGUCCGCGCUCGCGAAUCUGUGAAUCGUGUUAUCGAGCGUACGCUUCAGCGCUUUGGACGGAUCGAUAUUGUCGUCAAUUGCUCUGGCUACGGCGUCAUAGGCGCCUGCGAGGACCAGGAUGAGCAUGACAUACGUAACCAGUUCGAGACCAACUUCAUGGGCACGCUUCACAUUAUUCACGCUACACUACCGUACUUCCGCAGGCAGAAUGCAGGUCGCUAUCUCAUCUUCAGCUCAACGUCUGGCGCUUUGGGCGUCCCUGGCCUGGGCCCUUACUGCGCGACCAAAUAUGCGGUGGAGGGUUUAAUUGAGGCUAUGCUCUACGAGACUGAUGCCUUCAACAUCAAAGCUACACUCAUCGAGCCAGGCCAUGUGAGGCCCGAAGAGCCAGAGAUGCAAGAUACGUCGCUUCCAACGUCCUGGGGCCAUUUUCUUGUGAAGCCACCCAGCGAAACAUACGGGCAUCCGACAUCACCAGCGCUGCAUGCACGAAGGAUUGUUCAGUGGCUCGGUGACAAGUAUCGACCCACGAGCGCUAUCAAAUGCGCUGAACUCGUAUGGCAGCUUGGACACUGCUCGUAUCCACCGCUACGAUUAUUAUUGGGAAGUUAUGCAAUUGAGAGUAUCCGCGAUCGCAUGCGGUCUGUGACGGAAGAGUUGGAGGAUUGGAAGCACCUCAACUUUCCUGCCGGGCCAGAAGAUGACAGAGAAGUUGGAGAAGAGACAACAGCAGCACCUGAAACCAACGAGGCUACUGCUUCUUAA